AUGAACACCAAGGUUCUCUUCUACGUCCCCAACAUCGUAAAUUAUUUCCGCCUGCUCCUCGUAAUAUCAAGCAUAUACCUGCACGAAGAUCCGUUCCUCCUGGUUUACACCAUUUCAUCAUCUAUCGAUCUGAUAGAUGGCACGAUAGCACGUUCACUCAACCAGACGAGCAAGUUGGGCGCAUGUCUGGAUAUGUUCACCGACAGGCUUACGACCACUAUCAUAGUGUGCAAGAUAUUGGAGAGAAAACGGUCAAGGAGCCUGAUAUUCCUGCUGUUCAUCGAUCUGCUCUCACAUAUGUUGCUCUUUACCUCAUCGAUGGCCGAGAACGUAUCGCACAAGGAGCCUUUCCUGGGCAUUCUUAAGGUGUACUACCAGAAGAUUGUGCUGAUAUUGCUGUGCGUGGGAACGGAGGUGUACUACGUUGUGAAGUACUUGGAUACGUACAAAAAGGUGAACAGGAAGGUAAUUGUUCUGUUCUAUACGUUCUUGAUUGCUAAGAGCUUCUUCCAUUUCAUGCAGCUGUUUGAGGGGCUGUGCAGAUUGAGCGAUUUGGAUGGUAAGAAGGAUUAA